CUAGAAGUACUUUUGCCACAUUUGUAAGAAUGAGUGAGGAAUUGAAGUUUAUUGUUGGUGAACUGAACAAGCCACCUUAUAAUCGGAAUUACAACCUCAUAACCUUUGAUGCUCUUUUACCUGAACAGUUAAUACAGGUUCUCAAUGAUGUCUUUGCUGAGAUUGAUUCUAAGAAUCGCCUCGAUAUACGGGAGGAAGAGCCUGAUCAGAUGGCAGUUCGAAUGCUGGGAAUGCUACGUAGUUCUUAAGUACAAACCUCCUGGGAGUGCCUUUCGUCAGGGGUUGGUUUCUGGAGACAAACAUGUCUUGUAUCCAAUACUGGCAUGGCUUUUACAGAGAAUGGAGGAGCUCAAAAAACGAGCCUACUUAGCCAAGUACCUGGUGAAACUUGAUGUCCCAGCUGAGAUCCUUGGAGAUGCAGAUGUUGCUGAUGUACAUUUAAAGUAUGAAGAGCUGAUUGAACAGUUCAAGACCAUCCAUAGAGAAUAUGAAGCACUUAAGAACAGUGGUUUCUCCACAGCUGAGCUACGAAGGGACAUAUCUGCUAUGGAAGAAGAACGGGACUUGGUUCAUCGAAGAAUAGAGCGCAUGAAACAAAAGGUCGAGGGAACUCCUAACAGUGAAUCUAUGUUGGCAUCUGCCAAAGCUUUAAGACUUGAAAGAGAGCGUCAGAAAGAAAUGAAACAACAUGAAUCUGACCUUAAGGAUGCUGUCCAGUUAUCAGAACAAAGGUGUAUGAGACUCCAAACUCAGCUGAAGGACAUUCGGAAAGCUGGGAUGGGCACCACGCCAGAAGGAUUGCUGCAAAGGCUGGAAGAAGAUGUGAAUGUCAAUACUUACAUAGUUAAAGAGAAACUUCCGAAGGAACUAAAGACUAAACAAAGACGAGUAGAGAUACUGCAGCGUGUAGUUGCACAGCCAGCUAUGGGUCAAAAUGAACUGGAUUCUGUUAACAAGCAGAUACGUUCACUGACAAGUGAAAUCAACAAUUUGAAUGAGGCACGUAUGAAAGAAGUUGAAGAAGACGAAAGUCCUGAAAGCAAGGUUGGAAAACUCUCUUUUUUCCGACAAAAUGCAGCCAUCAUUAGCCGAAAGAAAGAACAGACUGCUGAACGUCUCAAUGAGUUGCGAAAUGAGUUAUCAAAUUUACAAGAGGACAUAAAGGAAAAACAAGAGCAGCUGAAGCAAUUUACUGGUGAGCAAAUACUUCGUGGCGAAGAGUUUAAACGUUAUGUUAAUAAACUUCGAGGGAAAAGUUCAGUCUACAAAAUGAAACGAGCAGAAUUAAGUGAACUUCGUGCUGAGUUUGGAAUAUUAAGUCGAACAGAAGAAAUACUAAAAUCAAAGGAUGCUCACAUGCUAGAGCAGCUAAAUGCAUUGGAAUCAGAAAUGGGAGUGUCUGGUUAUAGAGAAACUAAGGAAAAUAUGGAAAAAGUAUCUUCAAUGAAAGCUGAAGUUGAUGAGCGAAAGGGUCAGACUUUAGAGGAAAUGUCAGGAAUGGUCAUGGAACUAAAUCACAAAAUUGCUGAAAGAAAAGCACGCCUUGCACCUAUAAUCAAAGGGUCUGAAAGAUGAUAUCAGAAGAUCUGAAACAAAAUAUCACGUAAAUACUAUUGAGAAGGAAAUCUUGACUUUCAAACAAAAUCAGGCUAGUGAGGAAAUCAAACUCUACCUCUCAAAUGAUCCUCAAGACAGAAAGAAGUCAUUAAGGGAACACUUGAUGGCUAACAUUAACGAGCAAGAAAAACAAAGUCGUACUCUGAGAGAUGAGCAGAAAUCUGUCAAGGACCAUGUGCAGUCUUCUACCAAUCAGUUGGCUAUGUGGCAGGAUGUUGUCAAACUUCUUCAGGUAAAGAAAAAGUGUUUGGAAGCUUCAAGGAGUGGAGGACUAAUCACAAGAAACAGUGGUGGAGAAGCCCUGGUCUUAAGCUAAAAAAUGAAAGGCUCUGGAGGUUUUUCAAGUGCUACUGAAAUUUUUGUCAGUCAUGACAAUUACAUAUGUAUUACAUAAUUUAUCAGAUAUAUGUUAAAUAACUGUGUGGCAGGAGAUCUUGUACUGUGAUUAUGUAAUUUUUCAUAUUUCAAAUGUCUCAAUUUCAGAUAAUCUGCACUUGAAAAUUCUUUACUACUUACUGGUAAAAAUUAUUAAUAGUUUCAGUUUGCACUAGUGACACCUCAACUUAUCAGACUGCUGCUUAUUUCAUUAAAGGAUAUGCAUACUGAGAGAGAGAGAGAGAGAGAGAGAGAGAGAGAGAGAGAGAGAGAGAGAGAGAGAGAGAGAGAGAGAACUGAGGUGUUUACAUAUGUACAUCGAAGUCUAAGCACAGUAACUAGCUGGGCACGAGAGUUGACAGGGGAGGAGAGUAAGAAUGGUUUUAUGUUGUCUACAUUUGAAAUUUGGGAUUUAAAUUUUUUUUUUUACGGUUGUUAGAGAUGAAGCAUCAACAGUGAUCAAAUAUUAUCAUGUGCACAGAUGUAGAGAGGAGAGAUUGGACAGUGAGUAGUAGCCAAAGGUUACAGAUGUAGAGAAGAGAGAUUGGACAGCGAGAAGUAGCCAAACCAAUUUGUGAUGUGCACUGCCUGGCGCCAUUGCUAUGCAAUGAUUCUUGUGUAAACAAUGUCGCAACCCAUAAAACUAAUGGGAAACCCUGAACUCUUUAAAACGUGUUUUUGUAUACGAGACUUACCCAGUAAUUAUAUAGCUAUAGUUUCCUGUGUACGGCAGCCUAAUUCAAAUUUCACGGGUAGCGCUUCGAUUGUUCAGUGUAGAUAUCCAGUGCCGUCCCCCAACGGCACUACUAGGAACAGUUUAGCAAGGCACUUCAUUCUGUUUCCAGCCGUGCUUGACUAAACAUCGAGUUCUUACAGCAGGUUGUUCGUAUUUUCUGGGCACAUCACCGGAUUUUGGUAGUGUAACCAGCCACCGGAAUGCAUUUGUAGCAUUCGAGCAGGAUGAGUCUUGUAAUUUGUUUGUUUAAUUCAGAUUAUCAUCAAGCUGGAUAUUUGUAUUCUCCAGGAAUAGUCCUUGACUGUAACUCCAUUCAAUUAGGCCUAAUACUUUUGCAUGUAUAUUUUACUUACAGGGUUUAUGCUGUGUGCAAGUCGUUGGUUAAUAAUUACCUUUGAAAGUAAUUUGUGAUGGUUGCAUAAAUCCCUUAGGAUACAGCCUUAGGCUAUUAAGGUCACAAGCCACCGGUAAAUAUAGUUACCUUAAAGUAAUUGUGAAUGUUAAAUUUUGUUUUGUUCACUUUCCUUUGCAGAGACUGAAAUUGUGGAGGUUGAUAGUAUUAAGGAGAGAAUAAUGUUAAGCCUGGGUCACACAUUGGCGACUUCAAACCGCGUAUGUUGUAAUGGCCGAAAUUUUGCUCAUCACGAUGCCAUUACGCUCUCAUUACAACCAAUUCGCCAUAAAUCGGCAAAAAUCGUAACCAAGUCCCCGGGUUUGACGACUUUGCGCCAGGGAUAGUGACUUUGCAAGGCUGCCUUGCAUAGUUGCCGUCAUUCCUCGACUACUGUCAAAAGUUGCCAUGUCAUGGCACAACACACAACAAUUUCCUAAUGACCUCUCAACUUACGGCAUUUGAUCAUGCAAGUUGUAACUAGCAAUAGCGAGUUACAGGAUUCAGUUCAACAUACGCCAUGUACUUGGCAAACCCAAAACGUGCGCAUUGGGGCUGCGCAGUGAGUCAGAAUGUGUCAAGUGCGUCGGCAGCCUAUGAAUGUAGUUCAAGGGCUUAGUUAAUUGCCCACAGCUGCCUCGGUUUUGGAUUCAAAAUUUUCCGUAUUCUUGAUAUAAUUUGAGAACUUCAGAUAUAUCUUAAAUAUGACACUGAAUAAAACUUAAACGAAGAUAUAUUCUGUAAUAUAAAUAAAGAUGAAGUUUAACUUUUAUUCACGAAAUUUACAGUUUUUUAACACGAUUUUCUUGAGUGAGUUCAUUACAAUCAGAGUCAAUAUAUUAGCAUGUUCUGAAGUAUAAGAAAUGAAAAGGCAUUUCUAUUUUGAGUAAAAUAUAGCAUUAAAGAUUUUCAGUAGGUAUUCGUGAUUUAAUUUGAGAACUUCAGAUAUAGAUAAAUAUGACACUGAAUAGUACUUGAAAUAAAAUAUAUUUGGUAAUUAUAUAAAUAAUUUUGAAUUUUAAGUUUUAUUCAGGGAAUUUACAGUGUUUUUCAACAUGUUUUCUGAAGCAUGAAAAUGCAUUUUUUAUAGUUUUAUCAGUAUAUCAUUGAUUCCUUCCAAUGAAUGAAGCCUGAAGGGGAGUUUACAUAAUCCCGAAGACGACCUCAUGUGUCACUGAGUCCUCUUGAUUUGCCUCACUCCUGGCAGUAGGAUUUUUUAAAAUAAAAAUUAAGUUGUGCAACACACAAACAGCUAACACCAAGGACUCGAUUUAUGGGGGUUCUGAAACACUAAAUCUAUGGGAGAUAAAUGGAAAAUAUUGAUCUUGCGCGUGCGACUAAGUAAAUACCUAAUCUCAUCUCAACUUGUGCAAUGAUGUUGUAAUGGUUCAUUGCGGAAGUCGUCAUGGAGUCGAUAUCAGCUAACUUUUCUUUUUUUUUUGUUGAGCCCAACCCCCACGACUAUAGGAGAUUGAUUGCCAAACCCAGCCUUUACGAAAGUCACAUUCUGAAAUCGCCAAUGUUUGACCCAGGAUUUAACGUUUGGCUACGGGGGCUUUGGGAGAGAUGGCUUACAUUGCCUCGGUGUAUGGAAGUAUUUAAAAACAGUGUUGAAAAUUUUCAGACCAUUUUUAGUGACUGGCAUGGCAUCGCAGAAGGAAGCAAAGGAUGUUCUCCUAUUUUCUCUUCACCUUUUCAGUAAGGUGCUGAGUUUGGAGAGUCAGAGGGUGCAGUAUACCUGGAGCACCCUCCAAUCUCAGUGGAUGGGUCUUGACUUUAUUUCAGUGUAAGUAUCAGUGUUUUCUGGUUGUUUUAUUUUGGUGCUAUUCCCAGGACAAGGGCGGGCACCUAUCAUACUUUGCUAGCCAUAAGAGCAUUGCCCUCGCUGCAAAGUUCCCUCUAAGUAGGAGGCAACCCUUGGCUCUACCGCCACGCCAUUACGAGUUAAGAUGAGCGCCAAAGAGGCAGUGUUCAUCUGCAUAGCUCUCUUAACUAUUAGGAAGGACAAGCGUUGUUUUUUCAAUGCUAGCUACUUUUCUAUUUUCAAAUGCAUUACAUGGCUUUGGAGUAGAAUAUGUCCAUGAUCCCGCCUCCUUUCACUGUGGAGUCAGCUAUAUAAUUACUGGGUAAGUAUCAUAUACAAAAAUUAUACAUAUUUUUAUAAUUAAAUAAGGUUUUGUAUACACAUACUUACCCAUUGAUUAUAUGCUCAGAGCCCACCUGCCUCCCCUCUGAUGGACAUAAUGCAUGAAACAGAAUGAUGUGCUUUGCUAAGUUGUUCUUAGUAUUGCUGUUAGGGGACGGCACUGUAUAUCUACACUGAACAAUCGAAGUGCUACCCGCAAAAUUUGAAUUAGGCUGCCACACGUUGGAAACUAUAGCUAUAUAAUUACUGGGUAAGUAUAUACAAAACCUAAUUUUAUUAUAAAAAUAUAAUUUUCUUGGACGUCCGUCAAAACCGUUAAAUGAUUUGUGCACCAUUUACUAUAUGCGAUAUGUACUUUAUGCAGAAAUAAAUAUAUUUAAUUUUGCUGGUAUAUUUUUCCUACAGUUAAGCCAUAAAAUUUUGUUGAUAUGGCAACUACAUUAUGGUUAUUUUCUAAGCAGUCUUUAAAUAUUGGUAAAUUAUCUUUGCAGCACAUACCUGAGGCAAUGUGUACUUUAUGUAAAAAUAAAAGUUUUAAUUCUGUC